ACACAAGAUGGCGUCUUUUCUAGCGGUUCCGCUCAAAAAGACCUAUGAUGUUGAUUUUGUGAAACCACUACGAAGAUUUAUUCAAGAAACAUAUUCUCAAGCAGACCCAGAUGAAUAUAACCAAGCUCUGAAUGAUUUCAACAAACUUAGAAAUUCGAUGAUUACAAAAUCUGUUGAUAAGCAUGAAUCAGCGUUGGAAGUUUUGAACAGAUACUAUGAUCAGCUUGUGGCCAUAGAAGGCAAAUUUCCGAUUACAGAAAAUCAGAUUCGAGUACAGUUCAAGUGGAGAGAUGGGUUCGAUGAGGGUUCAUUCCUGGCUGGCAAGAGAACUCUGGCCAUUGCGUCAGCAAUGUACGAGAAAGUGUGCAUGUUGUUCAACAUCGCCGCCCUGCAGUCACAGAUAGCGGCUGUUCAGAACCACGACAGUGACGAAGGCUUGAAAUGUGCUGCUAAAUACUUCCAGCAAUCGUGUGGUAUCUUUGGACACCUGAAAGACAUCGUCAUGUCACAUAUUCAACAGGACCCGACCCCUGACCUCAGUCCGGACACUCUCAAUGCACUGUCCGCCCUCAUGCUGGCACAGGCACAGGAAUCAAUAUACAAGAAAUGUGCCUCAGAUCGUAUGAAGGAGUCGAUGGUUGCUAAAGUUGCGUUUCAGUGUUCAGAGUUGUACGCUGAUGCCAUGAAACUGAUGCAGUUACAUUCGAUCAAAGAACUCUGGCCAAAGGACUGGUUGCCGUGUGUUGCUAUGAAGCAGGCGGCCUAUCAUGCUCUAGCAGAAUUCAACCAGAGUGUCGUUAGUCAGCAGACGAAGAGCUAUGGAGAAGAGAUUUCAAGAUUACAGCAUGCUCUCGAACUGAUGAAUGCCGCACAAUCCCGAGGCGGUGUCAACUUCAACUUCAAGAACGAGCUGGCGAAAAUACAGAGGGCACUGCAGAACGCUAAGAAGGACAAUGACUUUAUAUAUCACGACAAGGUGCCAGACAUCAAAACCUUGCCUGUCAUCGGCCGAGCCACCAUCGCCAAACCUACACCUGUACCGUCGACUUUUUCAAGUAAUUUCACAGAUUUGUUCGAGAAACUUGUGCCUUUGGCAGUGCAUGAUGCUCUGACAUCGUUUGAAAACCGGAAAUCUCAGAUUGUCAACAUGGAAAUUGGACGACUGCGAGAAGCAACACAGCUAAUGAACAGUGUGAUGGCGUCGCUGAACCUGCCAGCGUCGAUAGAGGAUUUGUCUGGACAGAAGGUUCCACAGUCGGUGUUGGACAAGGCCACUCAACUUCAGGAGCUGCAGGGCAUCACAUACCUGGAGAAACUCAUGCAAGAUCUGCCGCAGCUGUUGGCGCGAAACCAGGAGAUUUUGGAUGAGAGUAUGAAGAUGCUAGACGAUGAGGAAAAGUCUGAUCGUCAAUUGCGCGACCAGUUCAAGGAGCGAUGGACGAGAACGGGGUCUGAGACGUUGACGAAGCCGAUGCGUGAGGAGGGGAUGAAGUACGGCAGCAUCCUCCAGAACGCCACGCACGCCGACAAGGUCGUGCAGGAGAAAUACAACAAACACAGGAACGCCAUUGCACUCCUGUCUAAACCUCUUAAGGAACUUGAGUCAUCGUUGCCGCAGGCGAGUGCCGAGGGAGGUUUACAGAACAGCCAGGUGGUGAAGGAGCUGCGGUCUCUGUGUGACGAGGUGGAGACAAUCAAGGCCGAACGCGACGCUAUCGAGGCCAGCAUUAAAGAUGCAACAUUUGACAUGGCUCCAAAGUUCUUUGCUGUGAUGGCGGGCGAUGGUUUGAUACCAGAAGAGGCUGUGUCUAUGUCUGAACUGGACCGAGUUUACUCGCCAUUGAGGGAGCAGGUCUCGGAGAGCAUCCACAGACAAGAGAGCAUCCUGGCUCGCAUGCAGAAUGCGAACACAGAGUUCUGUAAUGCCAAGUCAUCUAACCAGUCGGCCGCCCAGCGAGACACGGUCCUCAAGGAUCUGGCCGCCGGCUUCGACAUGUUCAUGGAACUCAAGGGAAACCUCGAGGAGGGAACCAAGUUUUACAAUGAUCUCACUCCGCUGUUAGUGCGACUGCAGGGGAAGAUUUCCGACUUCUGCUUCGCGCGGAAGACCGAGAAAGAUGAACUGAUGGCCGAUUUGCAGAAGUCGAUAGUGAACACCCCCUCCCAGGCUCCCCCGGUCACCCCGCGCUACCAGGGUGGACCGCCCCCUUCUGCAGCACCUGGUAUUAGCACGAGCACUAGCGAAACUCGGGUUCCACCUCCCCGGCCCCCUCCCCCAUCGGUAUCGACAAGCACUCCCUCGAGUGCGCCAACUUCAGCUCCUGGAGCCAUUGCUGCUUCAGCACCCCCCGUGAGCUCCACCGGGCCCUCCCUACCAUACCCGAUGCAGCCAGGUGGACCUGUUCAACAGUAUCCAGGAUAUGGAACCCCCCCACAAGGCGUCCCACCCGCAGGAUCAGGGGCCUCGUGGAGUGCCCCCUACCCACAGCCUGCCUACCAGGGCCAGAUGCCUAUGCCAGCCUCCUACAACCCCUACAACCCAUACAUGAGUUAUGGACAGCCGCCGCCUCAGUAUCCGGGACAACAGCCUGGUUACGCAGGACAACAGGCACCGUACCCGUACCCGAACCCGAACCAGCCUCAGGGUUACCCCAAUCAACAAUACCCACAGCAGCAGUGGCGAUAGGCUGACGUACCCUGUGAUAUAUCGGACGUAUUUCAUACUAUUCCAUCAAGCUGUGGCCAUUAUCAACUCGAUGCUUAAUAUAAUGUUAUAAAAAAUGUACCGGUAUUUUAAAUUGGAAUUGUGCAAACUUGUGCAUAUGAUUUUUGUUGAAAAAAAGUAGCUAAAAAUUCCGAAAUGUUUUUACAAAAAAACUCUUUAAUGUCAACAUACAGUGUUAGUUAUAACUUUAUGUAUAUAUAUAUAUAACAGAGGUUUUUUUAUAUCAAUACAAUAAAGAAAUUUAUUGCGUUUGUGGAUCCGGGAACAUUUUGUUUUUGAAAUCUUUAUUAGCGACAUUUCUAGUCAAUUGAAAAUUGAUUAGCAACUAGUGUUUAAUGUUUUAAAAUUGUGUAGCAAUCUCUGAAUCUUGCGUAGCGACAUGAUACUGAACAAAAUGUUCCCUGUGAAGAACCACUGUGUAUAUAACCUUGCACAAUAUACAUGUAUCAGACAAGCAAUUUAUGUGCUUAUCUCCCUUUUGCACAGUUUUCGACAUUUAAAGUAACAUCAAUACAGUUCUUAACAGAUAAUCCUGAAAGCUAGGGUCUUCACGAGUCCAAGAUACCGGACUCGAGUACUCGAGGGCCAAACUCUACCCGGACCCGAGUACCUGACACUUAGACUGGAUGAUGAUGAGAUUAAGGAAUGAAGUAAAAUAGCAUUAUGCAUCUCAAUUCCAGUGCUGAACAUGGAUUCCAAAUCAUGCCAUUGUAUUGCAUUCCACACAUUCGACUUUAGUUUUCCUUCCAUGUCUUAUAGCUCUGUAAUGUAACCAGCUGUAAAAAAAAAACAUUAAAAAAUUUGAGUGCUCUUUCUUGUGUGAGUACUCGAGUCCUGUGAACGGACUCGAGUCUUACUAGACUCGGCCCGUGCUCGAGUACUCGUGGAGACCAUAUUGAAAGCUGUGACUGUUUAUUAAAAUAUUUUAUGUGAACAUUGCCAGCUUGUAGUUCUUAAAGAUGUAUUUAUAAUUUGUGUUGUUAUCAAGUUAUAUUGAAAGCCGACGGUGACGUUAAAAAUAGGAUUUUUGUGAUUAUGUUCUCUAAAUAUAUUUGAAAUAUAUUUACAGGCCUUCUGCCAGAAAAUCAUUUCAGGGUACGUAAUAAACACAAAAUCGAUAAUAGCUAUCCUUACUAGGUGGUUAUGAAUUUAAAAUCUUUUUCAAUUUGACCCUCAGUUUCAUUUACUUUGAUAAAUUUUAAAUAGUUCUCUUACCAUAAUCUUUGUAAAAAUAAAAUAAUGUAUCAAUUGAAUUCAAAGAUUUUAGGGUACAUAAUUUUACCCUUUGUACCCUCUGGCAGAAUCCUUGAUUUAGAAAGAUGUAAAUUUUGUUCAAGUAGUGCUAUUUCCUUGCUUACAUCAAAAGGAUUACCAUGUUUUGAGUUUGAUUUAAAGCCUACAUUUCAAAUAUAUUUUUAAUAUUUAAAAUAGAUAAUUUAUAUUGGGUUUUGUUUUUUCUGUGAUGCUAUAUUUUGCUUUCCACAUUCACAGCUGUUUGUAAUCUAGUUUAUCUGCAAAUGUAGUUUUCUCCGCACUACCUUCUGAUGACAUAUUUAAUUGUUGCUUGUAUUAAAAUGGUACUACAUGUAGUAGAAUAUGUUAAGCUAUGUUUCCAUAUGUUUGUUUUUCCUGUUCGUUUUCUGGAAUUUACGUAAAUCUGUGAAUUAUCAAAACAGUGUGUCUGCCAUGUUUGAACUUCCAUGCUAUCCACAAACUGUCUGUGAUCCGUCUACGUGAAUUUGGUUUCUCUUUUCGAGUUAUUUUUCAUGGAAGCACAGAAUCUUACAAGAAAUGACCACAUACGGAAGAAAGCAUCCUCAUCAUUAAAAAUGGGCAAGAAGUGUAAACCGAACGAUUGUCAUAUCGAUUCCUGUCAGAAUUAAUUUCUGUCAUUCUAUGUUUACGGAUGGCUAUAUGCGCAUGUGUAUGGACAUGAUCAAUACGGAGUUGUGUUUGCGGCUUCAUGCAAUAAAUACACAGAAAUGUUUAAAAUAUGUUUUGUUUAAUGACACCACUAGAGCACAUUGAUUUGUUAAUCAUCGGCUAUUGGUAAUUUUGACAUAUAGUCUUGGAGAGGAAACACUCUACAUUUUUUCAUUAGCAGG